GAAAGUGGACUCGCCUGUUUGUCGUCGACAGAAGUGGCGCGCGGCGGUCGUGUGCGUUGUUCUGUGGCCCAAAAUCGCCGAUUUCCGCGGGUGCUUGUGUUGUCAGUGAAGUGCUGAGGUGAAUCAGGUUUUGCACAAGCCAGUGUGUGCCGAGGGAAGUGUGUAGGGCCGCCCGGAGCCGCCCCGAUGGAGACGACACGCCAGCGCCCGGCCAGGUGUGCUCGAUCCAGCACCUAGACCCACCGUAUGGAAGUCAAGCUAGGCCUAGGGGCCCCGGCGCCUCACAUCCUCUACCCUGGGAGCCGACAGCCGCCCCCGGGGCCCCCGGCCGCCCAUCCGCCGCCCACGUCAAGGAUUACGGCGCGUGGAGAAAGACUGGGACUUGCAAAGAGCGAUGGGCAUGACGGGUCACCUUACAAGACGCCCAUCUCCCCACCCAUGGCAUCGAGGGCGGGUGCGGGCGGGUAUCCAGCCUACCCGCCCUCCGGGGAUACGCACGGGAGAUAUAUCCAGCCGCCACCAAUCCAGCAGCAGCCGCCCUUUGUUGCAUACCCGAGGGAUCAGUCGCACUAUGUCAGAAAUACUGACCGUCCUAUGAUGCUUCCCCAUGGCCCGAGGCGCCCCACCAUCAUGGGUAACUACGGGCCAUACUCGCGAGCAGAGGCGGAAAUGUUAUGGCCGUACACCCACUCCCACCCCCGCACCGACAUGAUGUCCAUAGUCCCGGGUAAUCCUCUGGCCAUCAGCACGACGAUAGACUCUAGCAAGCGCAUGAAGCUCUCCCAGCAGAUGAAGCCCCUCGUUGUUGACACGUCGGAGAACAAUCACAGCAGCCGGGAGUCCACCUACACCCCACAAGUAGAAGCUAUCUCCCCUACGCUGCCGUCCGAUCCCAGAGAUGAGUCACCGCUGCGCACCACCAAAGAUGAUCUCCUUAAACGCAUAGAGAAAGUAGACAGAGAUAUUGCUAAGGCGGAAUCAAGCAUAGCCAAGUUACGCAAGAAAGAGGGAGAGCUGGAAGCAGCAGCCCAGAAGGGUGAAGGGGGCAAGACGGAGGAGGAGGACACCAAGGAGCCCAAACACCAGAGUCUAGCGCAGAUUAUUUAUGCUGAUAACAGAAAAAAGGCAGAGGAAUCCCAUACCAUCUUGGACAAACUCAUGCCUCCUACAGAAGAGCCAAGUGUUUUGCCAUUGUAUCACCAACCCACGGACACUGAGGUCUACAUGGAGAACAAAAGACAAUAUGCCGGGUUCAAACGCCGGCUCAUGGAGUACUUCAAGAAGCGUCAUGCUGACAAGAACAGCCGGGAUGCCCAUCUCACCCAGACGUACUCGAAGCUCAUGACCGAAUGGCUCAAGAAAGUGGAAAAGGUUGAGAACUCCAAGAAGCACAAGGAGAAGGUGGCCAAGAACCGGGAGCUGUUUGAGAAGGUGUUCCCCGAGCUGAGAAAACAGCGGGAGGAGAAGGAGCGUUUCUCUCGCGUUGGGGCCAGGGUCAAGAGCGAUGCCGAGAUGGAGGAGAUCAUGGACGGGUUGCAGGAACAGGAGGUUAGUAAUGAAGACAAGAAGAUGCGAGCUUAUGCUGUAAUUCCCCCCAUCCUUUUAGAGGAGAAGAAGCGUCAGCAUCGCUACAACAACCGCAAUGGACUUAUAGAGGAACCCAUAGCAGAGUAUAAAGAUCACAAAAACAUAAAUAUCUGGACCGAGCAAGAGAAAGAAAUAUUUCGGGACAAAUAUUUACAACACCCUAAGAACUUUGUUGCAAUAGGUAGUUAUUUAGAAAGAAAGUCAGUGAGUGAUUGUAUUCAAUACUACUAUAGUACCAAAAAGAAAGAAAAUUACAAGGUGUUAGUGAAACGCCGAAUAAGACGGCCAAGGAAACCAAACAAUCCUCCAGUGGUGGAAGUGGUUGGGGUGAAUGUGACGGGGGUGACCACCAGGGGCUCGGUGGCGGCGUUGCGUGGUCAGCAGACCAACCGGCAGGGCCCGCCCACCAUGACAGGGAGCCUGAACAACAACAGCAACAGCAAUCAGGGAAGCUCGGGCGAAUCUGAGCAGACGCAGAACUACCCCGUGAACAGCACGCCUGGAGGGGAGGUUUCGGCCAACUCCCUGCCAGCCACCACGGAGAACAGCCCUGUGCCGUCGCCGAACCAUGCGGCAACGGUGGGGGUGAGUCAGGGCAAUGAGUCGUCGAACAACAGUGGCACCAACACAGCGCCAGCGAUAUCCAAUCAAGAAGUCAGAGAAAAGGACAAGGAAAAUCUCUCUAAUAGUGAUAAGCCUAGAGAGAAAACCGCAAGAAGAGAACGCCUGCUUAAAGAGGAUGACAAGACCAAAGAUACCCAGGACUCGAGUGAUGACGACAAUGCGGCUGAGCAUGGCAAAGGAGGGCCCCACGAGUGCGUGGUAUGCAACGCCCAGCUGGAGCACUUCGGCCAGUCCCGCCCGGUGGCGGCGGGCCAGGCGUCCCGCUACGGCCUGUCGGAGGCGCACCUGCCGCCCAACCCUCGAGUGUGUACCUCGUGCAAGUGCCGCGCCACCAGGGUCAGGGUCAGGCAGUGUCCCAUCCCGACGUGCCCGACGCCCAAGUGGAGGGGCAAGCGCCUGCGGCCGCUCCCGUCGCGCUGGGCCGACCUCCCGCCGCAAGUCAAGGAGCCCAUCAUUAAAGAGUUCCAGAUCCCGAGCGACUGCACCAAGUGCUGCUCGGCGUGCCACAACCGCAUCAUGCGCAAGCUGGGUCCGGACGCCGAGGAGCCCGUGGACCCGAGCCGCUGGUCCGACGAGGAUCUGGACGCCCUCCGGUCGGCGCUGCGAGAGGUCGGUUGCCAUUGGUCCAAGGUUGCCGAGCGGGUCCCCAGCAAGACCGAAGGGCAGUGCAAGAGCUUCUACUUCAAUUUCAAAAAGAAGUACAAGUUUGACGAGAUCGUGGCGGAGUACCGUAAGGCGCGAGGCAAGGGCGACGGCCCCCCGACGGUGACGGACGAGGAGGAGAGCGGCUCGUCCACGUCCAGCUGCGACGAGGGCCCGCUGCCGCCCCUGCCCGCCGGCCCCGACUCGGACACCGCCUCGGCGCCCUCGCCCGGCCCGCCGCACCAAAACAAUAUCGAUG